GAGUUAUUCGGUCGGAGUGAUUGAAACCACGAAGAAAAUAUGGCAACUGCAGCUGAAAUGAAUGCUGUCAACAUAGUGCUGCUGGGUGAACAUGGGGCUGGAAAAAGCUCAUGUGGAAACACCAUUCUGAAUAAGGAGGUUUUCACUGUCGGGAGACAGAUCGAGGCCUGUGCCAUGGAAAAGGCUGAAGUGGCUGGGAUGCAAGUCACUGUGGUGGACACACCAGGCUGGAACUGUGACUCAGCAGAGGACUCAUCAGAAGAACCAAAACAGGAGCUCAAAAGAAGUGUGGAGAUGCUUGAAGGAGCUCCCCAUGCCCUUCUACUGAUCCAUUCUUUGGAGUCUCCUUUUACAUAUGACCACAAGAGAGCUUUAGAGAAACAUUUGGAGCUUUUUGGUGCUAAUGUUUGGGACCGUGCCAUGGUUCUGUUCUCCAGAGGAGACUGUAACUGUGAUGUCAGACAGUACAUUGACACUUCAUCAGUGGCACUCAAAUUUCUGCUGGAGAAAUGUAGCGACAGAUAUCAUGUCCUCAACAAUAUGAACAGGAGUGAUCCGACUCAGGUCACUGAACUCCUGGAGAAGAUCAAUCAGAUGAUUGCUGGGCGACGGAGAGGAAGCAAGACCUAUCAGCCCCCAACAAUGCCAGAGGAGGUUGGGGAAGCUUCAGGAGCCCAAGAGGAGACUAUGUGA